AAAAUCAUCAAAUUAUUGUCAAAACACAAAAUAUAGUCACCUCUCACCUUCGGAUUGCAAUAAUUUUUAUAGUAAUGAUUUUGUCUACAAUGAUUUUUGUCCUUAACAUUCCAUUAUAUAUUUUAGAUCUUAUUACUUAAAUGUUCCAAAAAGUUAGAAGGAAGCAAGUGGGUUUCUAACAAGGCAAUAAUAAUGAAUAAAAAAGAAAAUGUGCCGAUUGCAACAUUGGCAGGAACAGCCAGUUUAACAGACAUUGCAUCAGAAUUGCCUCUACCAUCUUCAUCAGGAACAAAAGAACUCCCCAUAUUUGGCAAUGCACAACAAGCGUCAGAGGCCAAUUUAUUAAUACACCAACCUUUGCACAAUGGGAUACAAUUGGAAAGCAUUACUCAGUUACUUGGUAGUGUCAACAAUGCUUAUCUAGAUUUCAAAAAUUCAAUGUACAAUCGACCGUCUCACUUCAACGAACCAUCACAUUUGCCAACAGCUCUUCAGCAAGUACUCAGUAAAAGUCCAACAGUUUUGCAGCCUCAUUUCGAUACUUACCAUGGAUCACCACUCAAAACUAAUGCCAUGUCUGCGUUGGCUUAUUCGCCAAACCAAAGAAAUGCAUUUAUUUUGCACCAUCAACAGCAGCAGCAACAACAACAACAACAAAUGCUGUAUUACCAUCAACCAGCAAAUAUGGGACAAGCUUCUCCUCUUAUACAAGGAUCGCAAUUUUCAUCAGGAUCGUCUUCACCGAUGAAGAGUCCACAUAUUCAGCAGUUUUUUAAAGCAAAUAACAUGUCAAUGCACAGUCCUCUAGUGAUGCAUGGUAAUAUGACAAGUCCAGUAAUAAACUCACCCAAUGUCUACUCACAACAACAACAACUUAAGCUAAUACAACAACAACAGCAACAACAACUUGAACAAACGCAACAACAGCAGAAACUGCAGCACCUUCAACGUAUGCCAGAGCUGUCAAACCAGGAGCACACAAGAAAUUUUGGCUGCUCAGCUGCUCAACCAGAAUUACGAGCUUCAACGCCACUGGCAAAAACUACAGAGAAUCUAUACAAUACCGCAACACAGAAUCACAACAUGAUCUCAACCUCCGGACAACAAGCCGAAGAAUAUUUCUCACCAUUGAAAACUAGAAGACAGAGGCAUAGCACCUCUACUGGAACAGCCAAGUCUCAUCUAACACAACCAGAUGAUGUCCGAAGAAACUUAACAGAGUCUCAGUCUUUUGAUGGUCAAAAUUUCCACGAAAUUCCAGUUUUAACUUUAUCUAAACCUCCUCUGUUAAAAAAAUUACAUAAGAAACAUAGAGAAUCGAGCGAAGGACAGUUACUUAAUAAUGUACCUCAUCGAAAUGUUCAUGAUCAAAAUCAUAAACAACAAGACUCCGUUCUUCCUAAUAGCACUGCUCUGCAAGAUCAAAAAUUUGAAUUAAAGGUCCCUAAACUGAUAGUACGGAAAGUGAAACGACUUGAAGGAAAUGAUGAGAUUGAGACGUUAGAAGUUUUUAGUCCUGAUAAGGAAAAACAAAUUUGUCGAAUACAGACUCCCAUAAAUAAUGAAGAAUGCAUGAAUGAUUAUCCAGAAGUUCGAAGAAGCAGCAAACGUUCUCGUAGUAAGUCUUCCUCUGUGAGCUCAGCUGACUCUGUGAAGGCUCGAAAACGCAAAAAAGCAAACAAUAGAUUAUCAUCUGAUGGAGAAAAAACUGAUCUAUCUUUCGGUAGUAGUGUUGUGAAGAAACUUAAACACAAUGAAAUAACUGAUAUUGAAGGCAUAGAGGUUAAAGCUGAAGUUAAGAAAUUUGUAUUUCUUAUGGAUAAAAUUUUGGACCGUGAAUUAGAAUUAGAAGCGGAUGGAGAGCUUGAUAUCAACGAAGAUGCAGAAAUCCCUCCAGAAGCAUUAUUACCUAGACCCUUGAUUACAUCUCUGUGCGUUGAAGUUGCAAAAAUGAAAAAUUCUGGAAUGCUAAAUCAAAUUCCAGUUGAUCAGCUGGUUCGAAUUAUGUCAGUGAUGGAUCGGCAUGUGAAAGACACGUCACAACUUGUUAUAUCACAGGAGGAGGAUGAAGAGGAAAGCAAAAAUUGGUAUUCUAUUCAAGUUGAGAGAAUCAUUCGGUCAGCCGAAGCUGCAUCUGUUAUACUUCACAUUACAACAACUCCCAAUAUGCCAAAACAAGUUUAUUUAGAAGAAGCUAUUGAGCAUGUUGCUUCACUUUGUCAAUUUCACCUUGAAAAUACUAUUUAUCCAGAAUUUGAUCCGAUUUACAAAGUCACGCCAGACACAAAAGAUUCUGCAUUUCUUCCGAAAUCUAAACGUGCUCGCAACAUUGGUACGAACAAUAAGUUCACUCUUCAAGUUUACAAUAAAUUUUGUGAGGUUGUCUCGCUUCUUGGUGACUUGAUAGGCAUUGAAAGUUUAACAGAUUCCAUUAUUUUAAAAAUGUCACAGAUAGGUAUAUCUCCGUUCUUUGUGGAGCAAGUUAACAUUCUACAACUGGAAGCAUUAAAAGUUGCUCGAAUAAUUUUUCGCAAUUACGUGAAGCACAGAGAUUUGAUACUGGACGAUAUUUUGGCAUCUUUAACAAAAUUACCGUCCAGCAAACGAAGUUUACGAAGUUAUAGGUUACAAGAAAAUAUUUGUAUUCAAAUGUUCACGGCUUUGGUGCUCCAACUUGUUCAAUGUACAGUUCAAAUUCCUAACAAAGUUGAGACGUCUGAUUCACAAGGAGACAAUUUGGUUGACAAAGAUGUUCUUAUUGUGAAGAGUUAUGAAGAUGCACUGAGAGCUGCUCGAAAUUUUAUGUCUGUUUUUUUAAAGAAAUGCAGUUCAAACUCUCGAGAUGAAAAUGACUUCCGUCCACUUUUCGAGAAUUUUUUACAUGAUUUAUUCACUGUCUCCAAUUUACCGGAGUGGCCUGCAGCUGAAGUAUUACUGACGCAAUUAGGCCGUCUCUUUGUAGUAACGUUUAGCAAUGCUAAGCUUGACAUGAGCCUUCGAUUAACCGCAUUGGAUUAUUUAUCACAGAUUACAACUCAUUUGAGAAAAUUUGCUCUUAAAAGUCAGGCUGAGGGAGAGCAGGAAAAAUUAAAACUAGUGGUUGAAAAAUUAUUAAAUACAAAAGAAUGUGAAGAUGUUCCAGUGAUCGAGGAUAUGGAAGUAUAUGAAGAAAAACUUCGCAAAGCGUUAUUGUUGUAUCUACAAUCAUGCAGCGACAGUGACCCAUCUUUUAAGUAUGCCCGUGAAUUUUACUUGGGACAGUGGAUACGUGAUGUGCAAAUGGAAAUCGAAAAAUCGAUGAUUGCUCCAAUGUUAUCUAUUCCUGGUGCUGCCACAAAAGCCGAAGACGACGAAGCUGAACAGUCAAAGGCCGAUCUUACGGCCGAAAAGUUACAAGUAUUGCGGGAAACGAAAGAAUUUUAUCAUAAACUAAUAGGUGAUAAAACAACAUCACUUCUAAGAUCUGGUCAAUCUUUAAAUUAUGAGACGGCUUGUACUGUGGUCGAUCAUCUAGCAUCUUCUCGUUCUUUCUCACAAAGCUUUGAUUUAUAUAUGCAGCAAAUUUUCAAAAUGCUGAGUGAACAAGCUAUUGGGUUAAGAACAAAGGCUGUAAAAGCUCUCACCAUGAUUGUCAGUGUCGAUUCAAAUAUUCUAGCGAGGGAAGAUGUGCAAGCAAGCGUGCAUGGACGACUUCUCGACCCAUCCACUAACGUACGUGAAGCUGCUGUUGAUUUGAUUGGUCAAUUUAUAUUAAAAUGUCCAGAUUUAAUAAAACAAUAUUACGACAUGAUCAUUGCUAGGAUAUUAGACACUGGUGUAAGCGUUCGUAAACGUGUCAUUAAAAUUUUACGAGAUAUAUGUAUUGAACAUCCUAACUUUGAAAAGAUUCCUGAAAUGUGUGCAAGGAUGGUCAGAAGAGUCGAUGAUGAGAUUGGUAUCAAGAAACUAGUAACUGAUGUAUUUCGUACCAUGUGGUUUCAACCUGUCAAUGAUGUUCAUCGUCAAAGCAAUGAGCUAUACCAGAAAGCUGUCAACAUAACAAAAGUUGUAUCGCUAUGUAAAGAUACAGGAUUUGAUUGGCUGGAAAGUCUUCUUCAUAAUUUAUUGGAUCCCGACAACCAAGCUUGUAAAUCUACCACAAUAUGCGCAUGUCAGCAACUCAUAGACUGUUUAUUUCAUCGCUUGUUAAAACCAGAACUUAAAUCCGACACAAACACAGUUGUGUCCUGUUUAAUAACUUUAUAUUUGUUUUGUAAAUCGUAUCCAAAGUUGCUUAUACCUCACGCUAUGACGUUGCAGCCGUAUUUAAGUUCCAAAGUGAAUUCAUCUACAGAUAGUCUCAUAAUGCAACAUGUGAGUAAAAUAUUAGAACUUGUCGUUCCACUCAUGGAACAUCCCAAUCCAAAGUUUUUAGCAGAAUUAGAAGAAGAUACAAUGAAACUUAUGUUACAGCAGUCACAAAACGUUGUUCAAUCAUGCGCUAGUUGUUUAGCCUCGAUUAUUAAUAAUGUUACGCAUAAUUACAAAUUCAUCGUGGAUGGUUUUAGUCAGUUUAUGAAAUUUUUAACGUACUACAAACGAGAGCAUGUAAAGUCAUCAAAUAAUCCGUUAUUAAAGACGAAGAAACCGACCCUUCUUCGUGCACUGUUCACUGUCGGUCUUUUUUGUCGCUAUUUUGAUUUAGAUGUACAUGUUCCUGUGAAAGAUGAAAAAAACAAGGCGACAUCGUCUGCAACUAGUGAAGUAGUAUUCGAUAUAUGCAUGUAUUUUACAGAUUUUUCAGAUGAAGAAAUAACGACAAAAGCUAUGCUUGCUAUUGGUUUUAUUGGUAUUCGAUAUCCAUCCUUGCUGUUACGUGACAACUGUAAGAGGCUGUACAAAGAAAUACUGUCCCCAACGUACACAGCGACAAAGGUUAAAUUUACUGUUAUGAGAAGUUUACAGAAUCAUCUGAUGGAAGAGGAGAAUAGGUUGCAGCAAGCUGAAAAGACACAAGGGAAACAAAAAACGUUGAAGAAAGAAAAAUUAGAAGAUAAGAACAUAAAGGAAUUUGGUGAUGUUCUUUCAGGCACAACUAGUGAAAUUGUACAAGUGCUGAUCAAAGACAUCAUGAAAGGUUUUUUACACACUGAGAAGCAAAUAAGAGUUUCAGCAUUACAGGUCGUCGCUAUCAUCUUAAGACAAGGUCUCAUUCAUCCGGCUCAGUGCAUCCCGUACCUGAUAGCAAUUAGUACGGACAACGAAAGAUUGUGUAACAUCAAAGCUGAGCAAUGCUUGAACGAUCUUGAUAGCCGCUAUCCUGGUUUUAUCCACAUGAAAGCAUUUCAAGGAGUGAAAAUGUCGUACGAAUUGCAGACGAUCAUACAGAAGAACAAUAAUGGUUAUCUAUGUGGCUAUCGUGAAACGGAGAACAAGAUCGCCUUGAUUAGUCAUGUGUAUGGUCUUGUUCGUUCAAACAAACAGUAUCGAAGACCUUUUUUGUUGUCUCUUUUAAAACAAUUCGAUGAUCAGAAUUCGUCAUGUGAUAUGUUAUACUAUAUCACAGAGAAUCUCGCCUACCUGGUGUACAGUUCACACGAGGAGCCUCUUUUCGUGAUCUAUCACAUCGAUACAGCUGUGUCUGUGACUGGUACGAACGUAUUGCAGAACUUCAAAGAGUUGUUUCAUCCACGUGUAAACUCGAAGAGUGGUAAGUCCCCACGUAACACCAGUGAUAGCGACGAUGACGAAGAUACUAAACAGCUGUCAGAUGUAAAAGUCGACAAGAAAGCGUUAGAAAAACUUGUUCGACAAUCGUUUGGUUGUGUGUUGUUGUUACAACUAAAACAGUAUUUAAAAUCGACAUUUGGUUUCACGGAUAGUAAAUGUCAAAAGUAUUCUCCGUCGGAACCUUCAAAGUUAUACGAUAAAACUCUCACUCGUAAAUCAGAAGCAGAUUUCCAUUCAGAGUACAAAGAAAUGUUUUUCUCACCCACGAUACAGUAUGAUGCCAUGAUUCGUUACUACGUACAGUUUAAAGAGAUGAUGAUGAGCCUGGAUACAGAUGAAGAAAGUGACAGCGAGACGCCGGAAAAAGCAGACGUUAAACAUGAAGACCACGACCUUGCGACCAAGACGGCAGCGCCUAUUGAGUCUACUGAUGAAAAGCCACCUGGAGAAAUUGUUACUGGUGUUGUUCCGCAACCGGUCGAAACAACUUCGUUACCAGGGCUUUCUAUAAACAUACCUGUUAUUCCCGCGCAUGUGUAUGAUGAAGCGCCAAAGCAGCAAAAAAGGGGACGGUCAGGGAGUCGAAGAAGCUCCCGUUCAAGUCGUGCAUCAAUGACAGCUGAUGGUUGAAAGACUUACGUCGUUGACGACUGACGGUUAAAAGACGUACGCCGUUGGCGACUGACGGUAAAAAGACGUACGCCGUUGACGACUGACGGUAAAAAGACGUGCGUUGUUGACGGCUAACGGUUGAAAGUUUCAGAUUCGUGGUUGGAUAGGUUGUGCGAAAACAAGUUAAAUAAUUCACUAACUUUUAUUGUUACGAAAUUUUAAUGAACGUAAAUAAACCUGUAAAUAAUAUUUCUAUGAAUACUUGUAAAUUUUUGUAAUAUGAUAUACUAUAUGUCGGAUAGUUCAGAGACGUCCUAUAAUCACAGUUUUCACAUAUUUACAUGUUUUACUCACACUUACCAUGUUUUACUCGGUGCGUUUUACUUGAAAUUUGUUUAGAGAGUGUGACCUUGGUUUUAGUUGUAUAUAUUUUACUGUUUUUGUAGUAAAUUAUUUUAUCUUGUUAAAACGAAAAUUGCUCUCCUUUA